UAAAGGCAAACAUUUAUUGAACGCUGACUGAGGGACAGUUUUUGCCAAGUAAACAUUUGAUGUGAGUGAUCUCAUUUAAUCCUCACAAACCUAUUGGUAUUGUUGUCAUGCCCACUUUACAGAUGAGGGAACUGAGGCCGAGAGGUUAGGAAGGGUGUCCAGAGUCACAGCUGCAUAGUAAAUGGUAGAGAAACAGGAGCGGACACCUAGCCCCUAUGCUCGCAUUCUGGCUCGGCACUGGUCAGAGCUUCCUCGAGGGUCGUGUACAUCCGGCCACGUCGCCAGGGCACGCAAGCGCUGGUGGAACUAGGCAAUAAGAUCAGAGUAGGGGUCACCGGAGACCACUUGAGAGCUACAGGAAUGCCAUUCCAAGGAGGGGAUGGGAAGGAGGAAGGCACAGCUGGAAGAAGGUAUACCCUCAUCUUGCAAAGCGACCGUGAGGAGUAUUGGCCGAGACUUUCAGCGGUUGAAGCCAGUCCUGCGAUCGGCCACCUCCAGUUCUGCCGACCCACCCACCAGCCAGCAAGGUGCUGCCGAAUCGAAUCCAAACUGAGACAGGCUGGGGCGGGGGCCGGCAGUUGCAGUUAAGAGUUUGGACCAAUCAGUCCUCGGCCCCACUUCUCUCGACCAAUAGGAAGUGGGCUAAGGCGCAGGGGCGGAAAAUGUGGCUACAUGAGCAGGCGUCAGAGCCAAUCAGCCGUGGGCCUCGUUCCAGUCCGCCAACCAGCAGCCAGAGCGGGUCUGGGGGCGGGAGGCCAGAGCAGCUGUCAGGCCAAAGUCCAGCGAGCUACGCGCGGAGGGGCGGCUGGAGGAAGCGGGGCGCCGGGCCGGGCCCUGGAGAUGGUCCCCGGCGCCGCGGGCUGGUGUUGUCUCAUGCUCUGGCUCCCCGCGUGCGUCGCGGCCCAUGGCUUACGCAUCCAUGAUUACUUGUAUUUUCAAGUGCUGAGUCCUGGGGACAUUCGAUACAUCUUCACAGCCACACCUGCCAAGGACUUUGGUGGCAUCUUUCACACAAGGUAUGAGCAGAUUCACCUCGUCCCUGCUGAACCUUCAGAGGCCUGCGGGGAGCUCAGCAACGGUUUCUUCAUCCAGGACCAGAUCGCCCUGGUGGAGAGGGGGGGCUGCUCCUUCCUCUCCAAGACCCGGGUGGUGCAGGAGCACGGUGGGCGGGCAGUGAUCAUCUCUGACAACGCGGUUGACAAUGACAGUUUCUACGUGGAGAUGAUCCAGGACAGUACCCAGCGCACAGCUGAUAUCCCUGCCCUCUUCCUGCUCGGCCGAGAUGGCUACAUGAUCCGCCGCUCCCUGGAACAGCAUGGGCUGCCAUGGGCCAUCAUUUCCAUCCCAGUCAAUGUCACCAGCAUUCCCACCUUUGAGCUGCUGCAACCGCCCUGGACCUUCUGGUAGAAGAGUUGGUCCUACCUUCCAGCCAUAAGCAACUCUGGGCUGGGAAGGGGAAGUCUAAGAAUUCUGCUGUUUGGGAUCUGGGGACUGGUGGAGCCAGGUAGAGGGCAAGGGCUUGGGCCCCGGCUAAGCUAAGAGAAGCCACGCCACGGGCCUUUCCCUUCCCGGGGCUCCCUAAGGUGUCUCAUGCUGAGAAGAGGCAAGAGCCAGACCACAGGGCUUGUGAGCUAGGGUCUGGAACAAAAGGAGCCAAUGGCAGGUACUCUGAGAGCCAUCUGAGAUCUGUCACAUUCCCCCUGGCUCCAGCCUCCCCACCCAAGGUCUUUCACAGCAGUCGCUGGAAUGUAUGAAGGAGCUGGUGUUUGAGGACUUAAUAAACCCUCACUGACUUUUUAGCAAUAAAGCCUCUCGUCAGGGUUGCAA